UAUUGUAUUAAAGCGCAAAUUUGAGAAUAACAAUUUAGCAUUUUCUUCUCUUGCUCAUCUGCUCAGUCGCGAGACUCUGAGUCUCGCCUAGCUGACCCAGCCAUGACAAAGUCCAACUUCAACCGUUAGUAUCUGUAAUUUCUCAUACUCUUCGCCUACAUUUCAAUUGCCCUUCUGGUUUAGCUAAUUCUUCGACUGAGCUACCGCAGCUAUGGCUGCCAAAUCAAAUCCAAUAUCAACGCCAAUGAUACAUGCCUUCGUUUUCGCACUGAGCCUGUUUGUGUUUCAAUCCGAGUCGGCGCCUCAGGCUUUCCGGAGAGAUCCAGGUCACCCUCAGUGGCACCACAGCGCCUUCCACGACGUCCGAGAUGGCGUUCGAUCCGAUGUUCGCCGCAUGCUCCAUUCUCGCGCUGAGGUUCCGUUCCAGGUUCCGCUCGAAGUGAAUGUGGUGCUUAUUGGUUUCAAUGCUGAUGGAGGCUAUAGGUACUCGGUCGAUGCGCACAAAUUGGAAGAGUUUCUGAAAAUCAGCUUCCCAUUGCAUAGGCCUUCCUGCCUGGAGACAGGACAGCCUCUCGAUAUCGAGCAUCAAAUUGUCUAUAAUGCCUUUCCCGCCGGGCAGCCAGAACUGAUAGCUCUUGAGAAGGCACUGAAAGAGGUUAUGGUUCCUGCAGGAAAUGCAAGAGAGGCUGAUUUUGGAAGGGAAGUACCUCUGUUUGAAGUGGAUGCAACUGCAGUGGAGCCUGUAUUUCAGAGGUUAUAUUCCUACAUAUUUGACACAGAGAGUGCUGCUUAUUCCGCUGCUGAUGAUAUGGAUCGGCAAGUUCCAAGUGCAAUAUUUAUAGUCAAUUUUGAUAAGGUCAGGAUGGAUCCGAGGAAUAAGGACAUUGAUCUUGACAGCUUAAUGUAUGGCAAACUUACACAGCUCACUGAGGAAGAUAUGAAAAAACAAGAGGGAGACUACAUUUAUCGCUAUCGAUACAAUGGAGGAGGUGCAUCUCAAGUUUGGCUUGGCUCUGGCAGAUUUGUUGUGAUUGAUCUCUCAGCGGGCCCAUGCACAUAUGGAAAGAUUGAAACUGAAGAGGGAACUGUCAGUUCCAGGACAUUGCCACGACUUAAGAAUGUGGUGUUUCCAAGAGGUUUCGGUGCAGCUAGUGAUCACCCUACACAUGAUGUAUUUGUUGGACAACUUGCCUCUUUAGUAUCCACCACAGUCGAGCAUGUUAUAGCUCCAGAUGUUAGAUUUGAAACUGUUGACCUGACAACAAGGCUGCUUUUACCAAUAAUUGUCCUCCAAAAUCAUAAUCGCUACAACAUUAUAGAUAAAGGCCACAACUACAGUAUAAAUAUUGAAGCAAUUGAGGCAGAGGUGAAGAAAAUGGUUCAUCCUGGGCAAGAAGUUGUGAUUGUUGGGGGUUCACAUUCGUUACAUCGCCAUGAGAAGUUGUCGAUUGCUGUUUCAAAAGCUAUGAGAAGCCAUUCCCUGCAAGAAACUAAGAACGAUGGGCGCUUCCAUGUUCAUACCAAGACAUAUCUGGAUGGAGCUAUUCUUAAAGAAGAGAUGGAACGUUCUGCUGAUGUGCUUGCUGCUGGUUUGCUUGAGGUGGCUGACCCAAAUCUUUCAAGUAAAUUUUUCCUCCGCCAGCAUUGGGCAGAUGAAUCCGAGGGUUCAAGUGAUUCUAUUCUAAAGCAUAAACCUCUUUGGUCCACUUAUGAAUCAAAGCACGGAAAGAAAAAAAAAAGAGUAGAAAGGAAACAAGGAGAGUUUUACCGAACUUAUGGAACAAGAGUGAUUCCUGUUUUUGUGCUAUCAUUGGCUGAUGUGGAUCCACACCUUAUGAUGGAAGAUGAAAGUCUUGUAUGGACAAGCAAAGAUGUAGUGAUUGUACUUGAGCAUCAGAAUGAAAAGAUACCUCUUAGUUAUGUUUCAGAAACUCAGAGAAGGCAUGCCUUUCCAUAUCAGGCACAGCGCCAUAUAUUGGCAGGACUUGCUUCCGCUGUUGGCGGGUUGAGUGCACCAUAUGAAAAGGCUUCUCAUGUACAUGAAAGGUCAGUUGUGAAUUGGCUUUGGGCAGCAGGUUGUCAUCCAUUUGGACCAUUCUCUAAUACUUCUCAAGUCAGUCAAAUGCUUCAGGAUGUUGCAUUGAGGAACACAAUAUAUGCACGUGUAGAUUCUGCUCUCCACAGAAUUCGUGAGACGUCAGAGGCUGUACAAACUUUUGCAGCACAGUAUCUAAAAACUCCGCUUGGUGAACCAGUGAAGGGAAAGAAGAACAAAACAACCACUGAACUAUGGGUGGAGAAGUUUUACAAAAAGACAACUAACUUGCCUGAACCGUUCCCACACGAAUUAGUUGAUAGAUUGGAGAACUACUUGGAUAACCUUGAGGAACAGCUUGUAGAUUUGUCUUCAUCGUUAUAUGGCCAUCGCUUACAAGAUGCACAUUUGAACAGUUCGGAAAUUCUCCAGAGUUCCAUAUUUACCCAGCAGUACGUAGACCAUGUUCUGGCCAAUGAGAGGGACAAGAUGAAAUGCUGCGACAUUGAGUACAAAUAUCCUGUGCAGGCAUCUCAAACUUAUAUCUAUGGGGGGAUUCUUAUUGCCGGAUUCGUUGUAUAUUUUGUUGUCAUUUUCUUUUCAUCUCCCGUGCGCUGACUCUAGUUUAGAUAUUUUAUGGCAAAACGGAUACCCAUCAACCCCGAUUCCCGAGGCACAGAUGUCUCUCACACUGAAGAAAUGCAGGGGCAAAAUGUUAGACACAGAAACUUCGAAAAUUUUGCAGCACGCUCUGUCACUGCGUUGUUCUAGCCAAGUUAGUUAACUAGAACAGAUUACAGCAUGAAGCUUGUAGCCUUGGAAUUAUGACUGACCAGACUGUAUCUGUACUUACCUUUUAAAACUUGGUUUUAAAUACACAUCAGGAAUUUCUAGUUUU